CGGCUGAGGACGGAAGCAUUUAUCAGAAGGGGGUUGGAACUGGGUGAUGGCCCAUCAACAGAAGAAGGGGAGGAGGAAUGGUGGAUGCAAUGGGCGGCGCUGCAGGUGGAUUGGGAGGAAUGGCAAAUUAAGGACGCUGAAGCUUGGGGAUUGCGCAACAAAGGUCAAUGGACAGUGGCGGCGGGGCGCAUGACAAAGACAUUUUUCCGUCGGCUUCAUCCGAAACGGCCAGCCUCUGCCAUGAUGACACUGCAGGCUCCAUUCCAACAGGACGGCCCGCUGGCCGAUAACAUCCAACACAUCCUGCAGUUUGCUCAUCAGUACUACUCCUACCUCUUAACCGAGGAGCAGCCAUGGACACCGGAGGAAAUCGCAGCAGCUCCGUCAGCGGCUAUUGGGCAGAAGAUAACCACAACACUGACUGAUUCGGACCGAAGCGACCUCGACGAGCCAAUCAAUGAGCAGGAGAUCGGUGAACCGUUGGCCGACAUGCCAUCAGAAAAAGCUCCGGGACCAGAUGGAAUGCUGGUGGAACAUCUCAAGUGCCUUUUAGCCUCGGCUGCGUCUAGACUCUUGAUCAAUGGCUACCUAUCUGACCCGAUUGUCGUCACGCGCUCAGUUUGUCAGGGCUGCCCUCUGUCCCCGACACUAUAUGCACUCUAUAUCGAACAUCUCCACGAUAUGAUUAGAGCGGAUGAGGAGUUGGAGGGACUGAAACUCCCGGGGGGUAGACAACUCAAAUCAUCAGCAUUCGCGGACGAUACCGGCGCGGUCACUGCAACCACUCAGGCUAGCGUUCGGACGCUGCGGAACCAGGUAGACACUUUUGAAAAGUUUGCAGGAGCACGCAUGAAUUGGCAUAAAACGGUGGCGCUGGUGCCUGACCUCACCGCAGCCCCCCUGUUUGAGGGAAUGAAAGUCCAGCCAAUGACAGAAACGGCGUCUUACUUGGGCAUCGAGCUCCCUCAGGCUCUCAUGGAUGGUUCCCAGAUGGAGCAGCUGAUGCGGAAAGCAGCCACGCGACUCGCCCUCUGCGGGAAAACACUGGACGCUGGGAUAUUUGGCCGAGUGCUCCUUGCGAACACAGCAGCUUCUCCGAUGCUCUGGUACGCAGCCCCCGUCUCAACUCCAGGUCCGGUCCCUCAGCGGGAAUAUCGAACGACGCUCUCCAAGUUUAUCUGGAAGAACGAUCCGUUCGCGCCACACGCAAUCCACCGGGUCUCCUGGCGUAAGCUCAUCCAACCCAAAGCAGGUGGGGGACUGGGCUUGAUUGACCUGGCCACCCAGAUACAAGCGCUGCAGCUGCAUACGGUCAUCUGGCUCCUUCUGGAGCAGGAUGACGCCCCCUGGAAGAUUCUAACGCUGCAGACUAUGGCUGAAGCAGCCCGACUGCACCCGACAGAUAUGGAGUUGGCCCUGAUGCAACCAGCCAUUCUUACGGAGCUCAAGAGAGGCGCUCUGUGGUCCCCGUUCCUGAAGGCAUGGCGGGACCUGGCCCCGCUUGAUCUCAAUCCGUCGAAGUCAACAGACCACAUCCUCCAGCAGCCUUUGUUUGGCAACCCGCGGAUCCAGGAUAGCAACGGCGAUCAGUUUCCAUGGCCAGGCCCCAGAGGCGCCUUUGGCAAAGCAUGGCUCAAAACCGGAGUGGCGAGAAUAGCAGACCUCUGGGACCUACAGACCAAUGACUGGCAGCAGGAGUCGGCCCUGCUGAAACAACUGGAUGGCCAGACACAUAAAAAGGAACGGUUACACCGCAUCAAGCGGGCGAUUCUGGAGGAAUGUGUGGACGCUCUCAGGACGAUGCAGAGCUUCGACAGGGAAUAGGUGGCGCUGAGAUCUGAAGACCCGGUCCGCCUGCUGUUCCAGAUUACCGCGCGCGUGGGGGAGACCUGGUUGGUGGUUGAAGCUUGGGAGA